AUGGGGUUCCGGCGCAUUGGCUCGAGCUCGUUCUUCUGCUUAACACAGAAUCCAGGUCAUGCCUCUCACUACCUGCUGCCACGAGAUGACUAUACACGCCCUGCCGCUCUAGAAGCGUCUGCUCGCGCAGAGGGUCAAGACCUCCCACUCAUGGAUCCUAUUGACGACCCGAACGCUUUGGAACAGAAGAAGUACAACGAUGCUGAAACGAAGGAGCUGCUGGAGGCUCGCCUUCAGUCUUACCCUGGGACGGACCCCACAUGGAUUUCUACUGAUAGACAUAAUAACAACAUACUGCACGUGUUGGCUCGGACAGCCAAGUCGAGUCGCUUGCUUGGGCUCUUAGCUUACCUUUUGCUGAUAACCUACGAUCGGCUCGCAACCUUGAAGGAGAGACACCCGUCAGAGCCAAUUUACGAACAAACAAAGUCUUUGCGCCAGGGCUUCACAAAUCUUUUCGGCCACGUCGCUGAGAUGCUACGAGCCAAGAAGCUGCCCUUGACGGAUGCUAUCCUCCACUACGCGGCAGGUGAAUGGCCGUCCUACGUCAAGAGUUUCCUGCAACGAGGCGGAACAGUAUACGCAGUCGUGCAAGCCUGUUUUGACUGUGCCAUGAAUUAA